AUGGCUUCUCUUGACGAUGCUCUGCAAGGAUCUCUCGACCUUCCAUUUCCUGCGGCUACUAAGCAGGUGGCUGGGAUUGUGGAAGGGGUCCAAACCGACGUCAUGGUCAUGAACUUUAGCGAUAAGAUCAUGCUCACCAUUUCUCAAGAGGGCCGACUAUCUCAUUGGCUUCAUGUACCUCUGGGAAAUCAAAAUCCAGGGACUGAUGGCAUGCAUAGUUUCCCCGAGAACACCGAGGACAGUCUUCUGCCCCUCAGCACCUUGACAGCAACAUCAAUUCUGGGUGGGCAUGGCGCUGGACAGGAUACAAUCGGCCAACUCCUUGCCCGCCAAAUCGGAACUGCAAUUGCUACCAAGUCUCCUGCUGAGAAGCGGCUCUUGGUCGUUGGAUUAGGACUUCGCACCACGGUGUCAGACCGAGAUUCCUUCUUUGCAAUUAUCGACCUUGUUCUGCAAUGCAUCUAG